AUGUGCCGCCCCCAUCUCCUCCCCCUCCUCCUCUCCGCCCUCCUCCUCCUCCUCCGCCCCAUCCCGCUCGCCUCCCAACUGGCCGCCCCCUCUCCGGCGCCGCCGCAAUGCGCGCUCAACUUCACCGCGCUGCUCCCCUUCCUCGCGCCGCCGCUGCCGUCGGACGACGCCUCCCGCUGCGCGGUCGCCACGCAGUCGGUCGCCUUCCUCCUCUCGCUCCACCUCGCGGCCACAUCAUCCUUCGUGCUCCCACCCAACGCCUCCUCCUGCCUGUCCCCGCUCCGCGCCGCGCUCCCCUACCCGCUCCCCGCGUCGGCCUGCGGCCUCUCGGGCCUCGACGCCGUCCUCGCCUCCCCGGGCUGCGGCAACGUCUCCACGGUCGCCGAUUUCGACGCGCUCGUCCCGCCCGCCUCGCGCCGGGACAUCGACGCCAGCUGCGACCGCGACCUCUCCGCCGUCCCCGACUGCACCGCCUGCUCCACCGCGCUCAGCAAGGCUGCCGCGGCCUAUCUCCUGGCUGGAUCCCCGAACGCCACUGGGAAUAACAAUGUCACCGGGUGCGUGCAGUACCCCUCCAUCUACGCCGGCGCCGAGGCUAGCCCGCGCGGGCCCGCCGACCCGGCCACUGCCUACUGCCUCUUUCUACUCAAGGUGAACCCGCCUCAGUCCCACAGCUCCGGCGUUGCCCCCUGGGUCUACGGCGUCGCGUUCGGCUCCCUCGCGGCAGUGCUGCUCCUCGCGGCAGCAGCGGGAUGCUGCUUCGUCGUGAGGCGGAGGCGGGCGCGAGCUGCCGCUGCCGCACUGGCCGCAGACAGCAGGAGCAAGCGCUCUCAGGCCAUGGAGUCCAUCAGCGCCAGCACCACGCUCGUCAAGUUCACCUACGACGAUAUCAAGGCUGCCACCGACGGGUUUGCCAGGGAGAGCAUUAUCGGCCACGGUGGCUUCGGGAAUGUCUACAAGGGGGUGCUGCGCGACGGUGCCGAGGUGGCGGUGAAGCGAUUCAAGAACUGCUCCGCGGCUGGGGACGCCGCCUUUGCGCAUGAGGUGGAGGUGGUGGCCAGUGUGCGCCACGUCAACUUGGUCACGCUACGUGGCUACUGCAUCGCCACCACACAGAGGGAAGGCCACCAGCGGAUGAUCGUUUGCGACCUGAUGCACAAUGGCAGCCUGUAUGACCAUCUGUUCGGUGCCGGAGAAUGCCAGUUGGCGUGGCCGGUGAGGCAGAGGAUUGCCAUUGGCAUGGCGAGAGGGCUGGCCUACCUGCAUCGUGGUGCACAGCCAGCCAUUAUUCACAGGGAUAUCAAAGCGAGCAACAUCUUACUUGAUGAUGAAUUUGAGGCCAAGGUGGCUGAUUUUGGACUGGCCAAGUUUGCGCCUGAGGGGAUGACACAUGUGAGCACAAGGGUUGCCGGAACACUAGGUUAUGUUGCCCCAGAGUAUGCACUCUAUGGCCAAUUGACUGAGAAGAGUGAUGUGUAUAGCUUCGGUGUUGUGCUUCUUGAGCUUCUGAGUGGAAAGAAGGCGUUCAUUUCUCUCGGCGAGGGACAGAGCUUUGUGCUCACUGAUUGGGCUUGGUCUUUGGUGCGAAGAGGGAGGACAGUGGAGGUGAUCCAAGAGGGAAUGGUUGAUCCUGGUCCAACUAAGAUGAUGGAGAAGUAUGUGCUUGUUGGUGCACUCUGCACACAUCCCCAGCUGCAUGCAAGACCUACAAUGGAGCAGGCGCUGAAGAUACUUGAGGCUGAUUCAGUACCAAGUCCUUUGAUUAUUCCUGAGAGGCCAAUCCCUGUUGUUGCAGACCUGGCUGAGAUUGAGAGGUCAGCCAGCAGCAGUGGAUCAGGUCAGCUGUUUAGCCCCUCUGGUUUCCGAUCUUUUAUUCAUGCGAAUGUGGAUGCUGCUGUGGUGUCUCCAAAUGAAACAUGA